AUGGAUUAUGAGCAAGUGAUGAAUGACAAAAAGUUACGUGAGUAACUGGAAGGAGGUGAAACAAUAGUACUUACAAUGAAGGUGAUAAAAUUUACAGGUUAGAACAAAAAGUUACCUAGAGUAAUUGCAAUCACAAACAAGAAUGUAUAUAACAUUUCACCGGCAGAAGGCAAUUCCGUUAAGAGUUUUUUUUAAAGUUUAGUAAAUAAAUCAAGAAUAAAGAGGAAAAUACCAUUAUCUGCAAUAACUUCGAUCACAAUUUCGAAAAUUGUGAAGGAAUUCAUAUUACAUAUACCUACAGAAUAUGAUCAAAGAUAUCAAGUGGAUGAUUAAUUGUCAUUGAUUAUACAAACUUUGUGUGAAGUCUAUGUAAAGCAUAAUCUAAAAAAAAUACGAUGUCAUUUCAUUGAAGAAAUGAAUCUAAGUCAAUACACAACUACAAACUAUGAUAUUAAGAAAAGCGUUCGAAGAUAACUCCCAAAAAAAGGAGCAGAAAUGACUGUAGAUGAUGUCAAAAUUGCAAUGUAAGCUGCCAGAGGGAAUGUUCAAACAAUCUAUUAAAAAUCGAACACUUCGGAGAUUAGUAUAGAAGAUUUCACAUUAAUUAAGAUGUUGGGAAGAGGAGCAUUUGGAAAAGUUAUGCUUUGUGAGAAGAAAGAUACAAAGGAAAUAUUUGCGAUAAAGAGUUUACGUAAGGAGGAUAUCAUCUCAAGAGAUCAUAUUGAAUAUCUAAAAACAGAGAGAAAAAUCUUAGAAUAAACAUAACAUCCAUUUCUUGUGUCUUUGGAGUAUGCUUUCAUCACUUAGGAGUGCGUAUACUUUGUUAUGAAAUUUAUGAUAGGAGGUGAAUUGUAUACUCAUCUUCAAAAGGUGAAUAAAUUUAACGAAGAUUAUGCCUUGUUCUAUUCAUCAUAAGUGCUUUUGGCUUUGGAGUAUCUGCACAAACAAGGGAUUAUAUAUAGAGAUUUGAAACCAGAAAACAUUCUGAUGGAUGAAAAAGGAUAUGUGGCUUUAACAGAUUAUGGAUUAGCUAAGUUUUUAUCAAAAGGAUAAGUAGCUUAAUCAAUAGUUGGAACCCCGGAAUAUUUGGCUCCUGAGGUAAUUACUCAAUAAGGACAUGCCUUCACUGCUGAUUGGUGGUGUUUAGGCAUACUUAUAUUUGAAAUGUUGUGUGGUAGGACUCCAUUCUUCUCAGAAAACAGAAAUCAAAUGUUUAGAAACAUAGUAGAAUCCGAAUUGAAAUUUCCAUCAACUAUUAAUCUCUCUAAUGAUUGCAAGAAUCUGUUGACAGCUUUACUAAAAAAGAAACCUCAUGAGAGAUUGGGAAACAAAGGUGAUGCUGAAGAAAUAAAGAAACAUCCUUGGUUUAAAAAGAUUGAUUUCUAAAGACUACUAUAGAAAGAAAUUUAAGCACCUAUAAUACCUGAUUUAUAAUCAGCCACAGAUUUAUCUAAUUUCAACCCACAAAUUCUAGAUGAAAAAAUCGAAGAAGAUCAAAAUCAAACUACAAACACUUAGGCAGUUAAGAAAUUCGAUCAGGAAUUUUAUGGACUCAAUUACAAAAAAGAGUGA